AUGCAGGCCAUCAAGUGUGUGGUCGUCGGAGAUGGUGCUGUUGGUAAAACUUGCCUGCUGAUUAGUUACACAACAAAUGCCUUCCCUGGAGAAUAUAUCCCCACAGUCUUUGACAAUUACUCAGCAAAUGUCAUGGUGGAUGGUAAACCCAUCAACCUGGGACUGUGGGACACGGCAGGACAAGAGGACUAUGACAGAUUACGACCACUCUCCUACCCACAGACUGAUGUGUUUCUUAUAUGCUUCUCCCUGAUCAGUCCCACCAGCUUUGAGAAUGUUCGAGCUAAGUGGUUCCCAGAAGUUAGCCACCACUGCCCCAACACACCCAUCAUCCUGGUGGGGACCAAGCUGGACUUGCGGGAAGACAAGGAGACCAUUGAGAAACUGCGUGAGAAGAAGCUGUCCCCGAUCACAUACCCACAGGGACUGGCCAUGGCCAAAGAGAUUGGUGCCGUCAAAUACCUGGAGUGUUCGGCUCUGACACAGAAAGGCCUCAAGAAUGUAUUUGAUGAAGCCAUCCGAGCUGUGCUGUGUCCAAAACCCAAGCCAAAGAAGAAGCCGAAAUGCCUCAUUUUGUAA